GAUGUGGAGGAGGACCUGCUUGCAGGGAAUCCAUGUCCCUGACUUCACCCAUCUGGCGCGCUUGCCCGCAGGCCCUGUCUAGAAUACACUGAAUGGGCACUGACCCAGCUCCGGGAAAGCGAGGCGCCGCUGCCGGGGCCAUGGGCAACUUCCAACUGGAAGACUUUGUCGCGGGCUGGAUCGGAGGUGCAGCCAGCGUCAUCGUCGGCCACCCCCUGGACACAGUCAAGGCUCGCCUGCAGGCCGGCUCUGGCUAUGGGAGCACCCUCACCUGCAUCCGCACGGUGUACAGGAGGGAGAGUGUGUUUGGUUUCUUCAAGGGCAUGUCCUUCCCCCUUGCCAGCAUCGCCGUCUACAACUCGGUGGUGUUUGGGGUCUUCAGCAACACACAGAGGUUCCUCAGCCAACACCGGUGCCGGGAACCUGAGGCUGGCCCACCCCGCGUGCUGUCUGACCUGCUUCUGGCCAGCGUGGUGGCUGGCGUGGUCUCUGUUGGGCUGGGUGCGCCCGUGGACCUCAUCAAGAUCCGGCUGCAGAUGCAAACACAGCCAUUUCAGGAAGCCAACCUCAGUUUGAAGCCCAGAGUGGCAGCUCUUGGGGAACAGCCAGCCUACCAGGGGCCUGUGCACUGCUUUGCAACCAUCGUGCGGACAGAAGGCCUGGCGGGGCUGUACCGGGGAGCCAGCGCCAUGCUGCUGCGGGACGUUCCAGGCUACUGCCUCUACUUCAUCCCCUACGUGUUCCUGAGUGACUGGAUCACGCCCGAGGCCUGCGCAGGCCCCAGCCCCUGUGCUGUGUGGCUGGCGGGCGGAAUGGCGGGAGCAAUUUCCUGGGGGACAGCAACCCCUAUGGACGUCGUGAAGAGCCGACUGCAAGCUGAUGGGGUUUAUGUAAACAAAUACAGAGGUGUCCUGGACUGUAUCUCCCAGAGUUAUCAGAAAGAAGGUCUUAAAGUGUUUUUCAGAGGCAUCACAGUCAACGCCGUGCGGGGCUUCCCCAUGAGCGCAGCCAUGUUCCUUGGGUACGAACUCUCGCUGCAGGCGAUCCGUGGGGACCACGUGGUGACCAGCCCCUGAGCGCCAGGGCCAGCAUCACCUGACCAGGACCUCAUUCUGUGACAGCCGACGCUGAUGGUGGCGGUGUCUCCAGAGCCUGCAGUGGUGAAUUGACCGAAGAGAGAAAAGGCCUCUGCGCUCACCCUAAGCCAGCUGGGCUCACCUCGAAAUCCCUUCUUGCCCAGCAUUGAGCACAGGUGGGGCAGGCAUUCUCUGGGCCUUCUUUUCACGUGGAAAGCAAAACAGAACAAAGUGAACUCCUGAUCCACAGUCUGAUUUCCGUUAUGAUGUCAUUAAUCUAAAUUUGACUUCUCACUGGAACCACGUGGGGAGACCACUGCUUUUUUGCUAUUAUGUGUCCAUAACGUCACUCUCGCUUCUGUGCCCACCAGAGACUUCCCUCAUCAGUCCUGCAGCCCCUUCCUCCUAAAACGAAUGCAGCUUCUGAAUCCUCAACACGGUACCCUGGGGAGCUACCAUCAGCCAGCCUGAUGCGUCUGUUCCCAGCUAAACCCCAGUGGGGAAGGUAUCCUUAGAUUCUGAACCCCCCACCCUUUUUUCCCCCCUUGAAAAGGUCUUCCUUGAUUUCUCCACAGCUCCCCAUCCCCCUUAAGUGAUUAAGAGCAUGUCUCUGAAAAUCCAGUGCCAGGACAAACAGUGGCUCUGGCGCAGAGUCGAAAUGUUCAGUCUAGUCAGUUUAUCCUAUUACUGUAGCAAAGGGUUCCCUGCUUGAAAUAAAACCCUUAGUAUGG